AAUUGAAGAGGGAAUAUUUUGAAGAAAAGUGCCUUACUGUCUCUAAUUUGUGAAAAUCUAAUACAAAAAUAUUAGAACCGCCGAAAUUGAGUUGGGGUGCUUGCACUUGCCAACCAGUUUUAGCAGUCAAAAAUAAGGACGCGGCGGCGCGAGGCUCGGUCAUUUCUCUAACUCAGACUCCUCCACGUGCUCCAAUUUUAUUGGAUAUACGAUCGCCACUUUUAACCAAAUAAAGAAAGAGGAUUCCAAUUCUCAAAUUUACCUAGUCGAAUCCGUCCAUUUCCUUAUUGACUUACAAUUACCCCGCAUAUGCGUAUUUUAUGCGAAAUUGCGAAUCUUGGAGUGUGGAAGUGGUGAAAAAUGGAUUCAAUAGAAGACUGGGAUUUUCUGGAUUAUAGUUUCAUCGACGAAAAUGCUUCCCCAGAUUUACUUUUGCCCAAUUACAGAGAAACUGAGUUGUCAUCUGGAAAUGUUGUGCAUCAAGAAAAGGAAUUCGUGGAUAGAGAUUACUCGCUCAAGAGGGGACGCAGUGGAUCAUGCAGCAGGCCAGGGACCAAAGCGUGCCGUGAGAAAUUGAGGCGUGAGAGAUUGAAUGAAAGGUUUCUGGAUCUAAGCUCUAUUUUGGAACCUGGGAGACCUGCCAGGACAGACAAAUCGGCGAUACUUGAUGAUGCCAUCAGAGUUUUGACCCAACUGAGAACUGAGGCUCAGGAGCUCAAAGAAACAAAUGAAAAGCUACAGGAGGAAAUAAAAAGUUUAAAGGCUGAGAAGAAUGAACUUCGUGAAGAGAAACUUGUGCUGAAGGGAAAUAAAGAAAAGAUAGAGCAGCAACUGAAAACAAUGACCAUCCCACCAGCUGGGUAUCUUCCUGCUCACCCAGCAGCAUAUCAUCCUGGGGCAAGUAAGAUGGCAGUUUUCCCUGGUUAUGGUUUGGUCCCAAUGUGGCAAUAUUUACCUCAGUCAGCACGGGAUACGUCUCAUGAUCAUGAGCUUAGGCCACCUGCAGCUUAGUUUCUUUUAUUUUUAAUUAUUGGUUGAGGUUAAGACUUGUUGGACAAUCCCAAAUAUCUUUGUGUAUCCUCUCACAGCUUUGGCCUCGGUUGAUCUGUAAAUAUAUUAUUGGAAGUAUGAUUAUCCCAUUCCGAAUUCAACCAUUGGUUUAUGGAUAGCUGGACUGACCAGAACCCUUGUUAUUCUUGAAUAAAUGAUUCUUUCUCUGUCUA